GGUUCCAUGGAUCUUUGCAUCAUCAUUAAAGGAGUCUCGUUCCUCCUGCAGACGGGAGUAGGGGUUCUGGGUAACACAUCUGUGCUGAUGGCAUACGCUCAUAUCGCUUUUGUAGAGGCAUGCAUGCUGCCUGUGGACAGAAUCCUGGCUCACCUGGCUUUGAGCAACCUGCUGCAGCUGCUGACUCGUGGCGUGCCACAGACGAUGUUCAUCUUCGGCCUGCACAACCUACUGGAUGAUUGGGGCUGCAAAGUGGUGAUCCAUGUCUAUCGCCUCAGCAGGGGCCUUUCUGUCUGCCUCACCGGCAUGUUGAGUUUAUUCCAAGCACUCACCAUCGCACCAUCAGUCGGGGCACAUCUGACCAAACUGAAAUCUCAUCUUUCACAGCUGGUCGUGCCCACUUUUGUAUUUCUGUGGCUUCUUAACAUGAUGCUCGCCAUCACCUCUCUGCUGGUCGCCUCGGCACCUCUGAAUGGCACCGUGCCUGCCUUCACACUCAACCUAGGCUACUGUUACAUCAACUUCGGUACCAACCUGUCGUUUGUGCUGAAUGGCGCAGCCCAAACGACACGAGACCUUGUUUUUGUGGCCAUCAUGGUGGCCUCCAGUGGCAACAUCCUUGUUCUCCUGCACAAACACAGCAAGCAGGUCAGGUCCAUCCGACGCACUCAGCAAGGAACCUCCAUGGAAACGCGGGCAGCUAAGAGCGUCGUCAUGCUGGUGGUGCUCUACACCGUGUUUUUCGGUAUUGAUAAUGUUAUCUAUCUCAACACGCUGACCAUGGCCCAGGUCCCAGUUGUGGUGGCAGACUUGAGAGUGUUUUUUACAUCAUGCUAUGCCAUGCUCAGUCCUUUCCUCAUGAUAAGCACCAAUAAAAAGAUAAAGGAGAGGAUGCUGUGUGCGUCUGGAGAACAGUCAAGUGAGGAGUCCACAGAGAAAUCGAACACUAAAUAA